GACCGCAUAGUUUUGGUUAAAUCACUGUAACUACAAUGCAAAAAAAAGCAACAUUGAAGACAAGAGAAGCAAGGAAAACAUUGAGUACUGAAGAUGAUAGAGUAAGGAGGCCUGCUUUGAUGAAGGUUUAUUGGUUAGCAUGAACUGACUUCCUUGUUUGCCGUGUCUUGCAGUCUUUGCUGCUGAUUCGCCAGGAGAUGGUGGUCUCCCAGAAGAAGCUCGGCGAGUUCUGCGAGGCUCUGAAGCAAUACCUGAAGAACGUCUCUGCUCAGAGAGACUGCUUUCAUGUGACUGCGGUUCGCCUGCCAGAUGGUUUGUCCUUCGUCGUCUACGAGUUCUGGGAUGGAGAGGAAGAGUGGAAGAGGCACCUUCAAUCGGCUCCCAACAAAGCCUUUCAGCAUGUGAAGGUGGACACACUGUGCCAGCCCGAGGCCGUCUCCUCCGUAGCAGUGCCAGCCGCCUGGUGCAGCGUGAACAGGGAUUGAGCAUGAAGAUGGUCGACUACACGCCAAGACUCCUCCUGGACACUUUCUUUUACUCCAACCCGUUUACUGUCCCUCCUCCUCCCUUUAUCCUUUAACUCUUUUUGUAAGUACAUGUUUACAUAGUGCAAAGGAAGGGCAUCAUCUGCAGAGAAAAUUGUUCAGUUUAAUGUUUGCAAAGGGAUGAUUUGAUGCUUAAAGUAGUUCUGAGCCACUUUGAGGUGGAGUUUAUGUAGCAAGGAAUAUGAGGUUGUAAGUCAUGUAGCAAAGUCUGUUUUUGGAUUAUACACUGGCAUUAUUUUUUGUAAUUUUUUUUUUACAACACUUUAUGAUGGUGUCACCAUAAACAGCUCAUCCUGCUAACCUUCAUUAACAAGUUGCAGCUAACUACAUUUCUGAAAAUAUUACACUCACCGUGACCGUUUUAAGCUCACAGAACUGAUUAGGACCAUCAGCAGCCAUAAAUGUCAAUUUAGUUUACACUCUCAGGAAUAAUGCAAGCCUCUGAUAGUUAAGGUUAUGCAACUGGAAACUAUUAAAGAGAAAAUUAGGACAAUAUAAAAUCAAACUCCAGCAGCUCCCAACAGGCUCACAUCAAAUAGCUUUUUGCAAUGCUGUAUUGACAUAAGAUUUGUGUUUUUCAUGCAAGAAACUGCUCCAGAUACUACACAAUAACAUUCCAAAAACAACACUGCAGUAUGCACUGCUUUCAUGUCCAUUUUACUUCAGAGAGCAUCAAAUUUCUUCCAUGCAUGCAGCCCAGAAACUAGUUUUAGGGAUGCUGCAUGUCAGAUUUUCAAUAGUUGCUAUGGAUUGUUAAUGGGAUUUAAAUUGUCUAAUUUGUAUCCAUGGUUAAGUACUCUUAAUUGUCAUGUUUCAGCAGAGCAGUCUUAAAAAUGUCUAUUUGAAAAAGAAAAAGAAAAAAUCAGGGCUUUUUUUUUAAGGAGCAUUUUCUGAUUAAUAACGGCUGCUGUGGGUGUAACGUGUAAAUAAGGUUUUACACACCUGAGCAACAAAACAGCAGCCAUUUUGUGGUGAGACUGAUCCUGAAAGGAGCCAACCAGGCAAUCUUUUCACAAAGAUUCACCUUCUAUUCAUCGUUUUUCAUAUGGCUUCAUUUUAUUUCCUUAAUUUAUGUGCAGUUUAUUUUUGUUGGGACAAAGAUUUUGGAGAAAGAAAAAGUGAAGCACCUUGCUGCUUUUCAUGCAACUCACUUGGUCUACAAUUGGUGAUGGGGUAGCUCAUAUUAGUGGUGACUGUCUAGCAGAGGUUGUACAUAUUAAAACGGUGUUCUAUUCUGAUUAUAUUUGUAUUUAUUGACACGUCUCAGUGAUAUGGUGUAAAUUCUUUCUCAGUGAAAGUGGAUUCACGGGGUGCAGCAGUUUCUCCAGUUUGUUUAAAAUCUGUAACAAAGUCUGAUUUUAAAGCCUUAAACAUAAAAAAAAAAAACAAAAAAAAAAACAUGGAGCUGGUUUUGAACAUUUGCUGGACCUUUGAUUUCAAGUAAACAAUCUUGUGUGAAAUACACUUGAAAUUUGUCCAUGAAUAUUGUUGAAAAAUAACCAGUUUCCCUGACAUAUGAUCACAUUCACAGUAUGUAUUUCACUUUUUGUAUGAAAAAUCAGUAAGUACAGUUGCCAUGGCAUCAUCACAAAACCACCCUGAUACAAGAGUUUACAUACCUGCACGGGUGUUUUGGCCACAGGAUAUACAAUGCUUCACUUGAACAUUCAGCUGUUAUAUGAAAAUUGUAAUUAUGUGAAGACAGAGUCGUCGAAGGUUUUUUAGGGUUUUGGGGAGUCUAAUUAAACCACUCGCCUUGUUAAAUAGAGGAAACCGCCACCAUUGUAAAGCAAUCAGACUAAAAAAGCACAAUGUAAAAACAUAAAAUAUAUAUAUAAAAAAGUUUAUAUAGUGACCAACAUGAAAGUAUUUAGAAAUCAAUAGCAUUGCCAUUGGCUUCCACUUCAGUCCUUGUUUGACUCACUUUCACCUGCGCUUCUGCUUCUUAUCCAAGUGAGACAGUCGGUAGUAGAAAGUUGGGAAUCAAUCCUCACUGGCACUUCUGUCAAUCCAGCACCAAUUCCUUCUUUUAGGGCGCUGGGCUGCACUGAGCAGAGUCAGGACUCUGGGACUUGCAGAAUAAUAAUAUCCAGCAGCCAAAAUACCUUUACUUUGGAUUUCUAAUACAUGAUGCAGAGUGUGUGAAUUGUUUUUAGUAACCUCAGAGGUUUAAAGGGACCCUGCGGAGGGUUUGAUCACUUGAGCUAUAAAAUGGUGUUUUUAGAGAAGAACUGGGCCUUUUCAACAGUUAGAGAUUAUGUGCCAUUUAUGAAGUCAUUAAAGUUUAGAGCAGCCAUCUUUAAUAGUAUUUUUUCUCCCUCGUUAACAGUAGGUAUUAACGUUGCUGAAACCACGACACUAUAGCACACCCUACUUUCCAAUUCACAAAAGUGCAUUUCUAUUUGAAUUCACAUCCACGUGAAAGUGUUUUAGAUAAAAAUUACAGUACUAAUAAAUACUAACCUUAUUCAGUGACAACUUUGCUUAAUGUGAACCUUGGCAUAAAGCAGACUUAAAGCUAAUGACAGAGAGAGCAAAAUGUAAAAAUCAACAGUGGCUGAGAGCUCAGCGUGCUCCAACAGAUUAAAAAAAACUGCAAACAAAAUUAACUGUUGAAGCAAAUAAACAGGAAAGCAAAAUAUUUUUUCAGAAACAUUUAUCUGUGUCCUGUGUGUAUUGUCCCAUCGAUGGGACAACGAAUCACAUGAUUCAUGUUUACUUGCAUUGCUUAGUUUUAAAGCUGAUCCAACAUUAAACCUACUUGUGGUUCCUCUGCUACUCUGAGCCCAGCUUUAACAUACCAACAUUUGACUCCUUAUUCUUGACCAAUCUAUGGCCUUUCAUAUGGCAAUGCAUAACAGCCGACUGUACGCCUCAACAACUUAACAUUUAAACUCCUCCUCCUCCUCGUUUCUACAAGUUCCUAAAGCAAAUCAUGAUCCACACAGACUCCAGGGAGUUAAUCUUUUUGUAUCAAAAUAAAUACUUUUUUCUAUCCGUUGAAGACACUGACACUCUGGGUCAAUGUUGAAAGCGUCGGUAAAAAUAUUUGUAUCCAUCCUGCAAACUACCAUCCAACAUUGAGGCACAAAGACUGUACACAACUUUGAUUAAUUGAGCUGCCCAAGCUGCUAUGCCUACAUUAAUGGAAACAUGAACAAUCUAGCUGGAAAGCAAAAAAAAAAAAGAAUCAAUUCCAGUCACAAUGGAGAUUGAUUUGUUUUAACUGUUAAUCCUUAUUUGUUUGAGGAAGUGGAGACUGUAACAAGUCUAAACAUGUAAUUUUAAUUAUGCAGUUUUUAAACCCAUUCUGCCAUUUCAUUUUUCAUUAGGUUUUCAAACAGUUAUUUGGCUACAAUGCAUUCCUAGUAUAAAAUAAUUCCUUCCCAAUUUGCUCAAUUUUAGCAGUGUUGUAUUUAAUCUUUGCUGUGCAUUAAAACAUUUUAAUCCCCCCCCC